AUGCCAAGGGAUUUCAUCUUAACAACUGCCUUAGACAAAAAUAAUAAUGAUAAAUGUUCUGGUAGUGAGAGUUUUCGAGAUGAAUCAUCGAAGCAAGAAAAACACAUUGCCAUAAUGUUGGUAACCUUGGCCGAUGUUGGAGAAGGAUACCUUUUGUCACCCAACAAAUUAAAGUUAGCGAAAAAAAAAAGUAAAGUCAUUUGGGACAUCGAUUUAAUGCGAGAAAGUACCAAUGAUGAAGGCACGAGAGAUGAUAAUAAAUCAACAGAGUCUAAGAAAUGCAGGCAUCUUUGGGGCAACUGCGAGAUGUUACACUGGUGGGCAUUAACGGACGGAUAG